AUGCCGCACUCUGCAUAUGAGGCGAUGACGUCAAGUGCGGAGGCGCAUGGGGAUGACAUAGACAUGCACGUCAUGACAUACGACCAGCGCUGCCACGGCCGGUCCACUUUCGGCGGCGGCGAAGAUCAUCUCUCGAUCGAGGUGCUGAUGCGUGACUUCUUGGACGUACUCCAGUACGCCAAGACAGAGUUGUACCCCACGAGCAACUUUUAUGUCCUCGGCCACUCGCUUGGCGGCGCCAUCGUGACGCGUGCGCUGAGCGGAAACAAGUCCGCCCUUGACCGUGUUUCUGGCGUGCUUCUUGUAGACGUGGUCGAGGGAACGGCGCAACUGUCGUUACAGCACAUGAAGUCCUUCCUCAAAAACCGCCCCAACACGUUUCCCGAGGUGAAGGAUGCCGUGGUCUGGUUCUUGCGCAUGGGGGGGAUGCAGAACCCUGAUGGCGCCGAAGUCUCCGUGCCGCCGCUGUUGCAGCAAAACCCCAACACAGGCCUGUGGGAGUGGCGGACGGACAUGCACAAAAUGGAGAGCGUCUGGGACGGGUGGUUCACCGGCCUCGACGAGGCGUUCAUUUCACUGCCGUGCGCUAAGAUGCUGUGCACCGCGAACGCGGAGCGGCUGGACAAGGCACUCACGGUUGCACAGAUGCAGGGCAAAUUUCAGUUCGAGGUAAUUGGCAACGGGUGUGGGCACUACGUCAUGGACGACGCGACGCUGACCAUUGUCGCAAAGGUGCGUCGCUUUGUAAAGCGCAACGAGGUGCUGGGGCAGAAGGUGCAACUUAUAAACAGGCACCUCUCUGGUCAGAUGAACAAUACAACGGUGCCGUCCAACCGCAUGUAG